AUGAAGCACCGCGUCAAUGGCGGCUGGCCCAACGAAUCGCCCCGCGUCUUUGUCAUGCAGCUUGCUGCUCGUCCUGCCUUGGGUGAUAAAAAGUCGCAGCACACUGAGCUGGAGAAGAAGAUUCUUCGCGGCCAGUCUGCCCAGGCGAACGGCUUCGAAAACGCCAGCAUCUUUGGCGUUGCAUUGCUUUGCGGUAUUGUUGCCAAGCUUCCGGGCCGCGAAAUGAACAUGUAUGCGGUGUCCUACUUGCUCAUCCGCGCGGUUUACAACUGGCUGUACGUCAUGACCAGCGAGCGCAAGUACUCGUACAUCCGUACGAUUGUGUUCCAGUUCAUGAUUGCGAUCUACGUGUCGCUCUUUGCCCGCUCGGCAUUUGCCAUUGCACAUGUUAUGAAAAAGUUUGCGAUGCAUCCAAAAUCGCGGAGCGCAUACCAGCACGCACGUAUCUCAUUCCGCCAGCGGCGUUUACACGACGCAAAGCAGCUGCGCAAUGCGCAUCGGUCGGCCAAAGUCGACCGGAUCAUGACCUUUAUCCUACUCCUUUCCGAAUCCAAGACACACUUACCUGAUUUGUAUGCAUUUCAUGAUUUUAUUUGCACGUUCUACCUUGGCCGACACCAAGAAGUGCUGGAAGGGCUGCGCAACGAACAGCGACCAGGGCGCCCAAAAAACAAGCAGCUGUCUGCUCUAGAAAACCUGAUUGCCGUGGAGGAGCAGGAGUACUAUGAAGGCGUAGAGGUGCCGGAUCUGACAAAUGCAGCGAAUGUCGAGCUGCUUCGAGAAUGGAAGGGCGACCCACAAGCGCUCCCGAAUUUCCGCUUUGUGCGCAUUAGUGGUGCGGUGCGGGACAUGUUUACCGUUGUCCAAGAAGGGAACCAUAAGCGACUACAAGAAUCUCUAUAG